AUGGCGGACGCAACAGAAAAAGCUGAGCACGACCGUGUUUUCAAGAAGUUUGAUGCUAAUGGAGAUGGAACUAUCUCUUCCACCGAGCUUGGAGAUGCUCUCAAGAACCUUGGCUCGGUCACGCACGAUGACAUCAAGCGUAUGAUGGCUGAGAUCGAUACCGAUGGUGAUGGAUUCAUAUCGUACCAAGAGUUUUCUGAUUUCGCAAAGGCUAACCGUGGUCUCAUGAAAGAUGUAGCCAAGAUUUUCUAAGCCAAAAUUUAAAAUCUAUAUUCAUGUGAUGUUUUAAUCAUGUUUAAUUUGUUCCCUUGUUUUUUGUAAUGACAAUCAUUGAUUAUCAGAUUAUGUAUGUUACUUUUUCAUUAUGCUUUCAUUUCAUGUAGUGGUAAAGGGCUUUGGUUA